CGGGCGGAGAUGAGCUGUGCGGGGCGUGGGCUCCGAGCGUCCGCCUCGGCAGGUGGGCGGGUCGGCGUUCCGGGUUGGCCGAGGGCUGCCUUCUCCUCUGUCCGGUUCCGGGGCGGCGGGACGCGGGCUGCGCGCGAGAAGGUCGCCUCUUGCAGGGACAGACAUGCCGACUGCCAAACAGCUAGCUGACAUUGGCUACAAGACCUUCUCUGCCUCCAUGAUGCUCCUCACCGCCUACGGGGGCUACCUGUGCAGUGUCCGGGCCUACCGCUAUUUCCAGCUGCGCAGCCUGCGGCGCCAGGCCGCAGAGGAGCAGAAGCCCUCGGGAGCCCUGUAGAACUGGGGCCCCCCGCCGCGAGCAGGGAGCCCAGGUGUGCUGUGGAAGACCCGGAGAACCACGGCCCGGAUGGCAGGAAGACCAAUGGUGUCUUGGGGCCUGUCAGUUUGUGCCGGUUUCACAUGGAUUGUAGAGACUGUAAGGGUUCAGUACGUGUGCAGACAUUAAAUAUUUAGUCAUGGU